UUGAAAGAAUUCCUGCUCUUGUUCAGCUGCUGCCGCUCCUCCUCACCCAGCAAAAGCAUGAAGGUCUGUGUGGCUGCCUUCGCUGUUCUCCUCAUCGCUGCCCUCUGCUCCCAGGCCCAUUCUCAGCUUGAUGGCAUCAACACCCCAACUUCCUGCUGCUUCAGCUAUGUUUCCAAGCCAAUCCCACGGAGCCUUGUGGUGAAGUACCAGCACACCAGCAUCAAGUGCUCCUUGCCGGCUGUAAUCUUUACCACUAAAAAAGGCCGGGAAGUCUGCUCCGAUCCCAAUACACGAUGGGUCCAGGAGUACAUCAAGCACGUGAAACAAAACUGA